AUGAGUUUCACGGUAGAGCACCACCUCUAUGGCCCGACUUCGUACCGCAAGGCUCGGCCUGCCUCCGUGUCCUCCAGCGGCUUUCACUCCCAGCGCCGCCGCCUCACUUACAGCCAGCCGUCCUCAGCUGACAGCCUGGACACCUUCAACGGCGACAUGACACGGAGGAGCGAGAAAGAGAUCCUGCAGGCUCUGAACGACCGGUUCGCCGGCUACAUCGACAAGGUGCGAAACCUCGAGAUGCACAACCGCAACCUGGAGGCAGAAGCGGCAGCUCUGCGACAGAGCCAAGCCGGACGCGCAUCAGUUGGAGAGCACUACGAGCGGGAGCUGGGUGACCUGAGGGGUCUCCUGCAGCAGCUGACCGGGGAGAAGGCCCGCGCAGCUCUGGAGCACGAGCACCUGGAGGAGGACAUCCAGCACAUGCGGGGAAGGCUCGAGGAUGAAGCGCGGAACCGGGAAGAGUUGGAGGCUGCCGCUCGCGCCAUGAAGAAGUACGUAGAGGAAUGCCGGCUGGCGCGACUGGAGCUGGACAAGAAGCUCCGUGCCAUGGAGGAAGAGGCCGUUUUUCUGAAGAAGAACCACGAGGAAGAAGUGGCGGAGCUCCUCGCUCAGAUUCAGGGCGCAGAGGUGAGCUUCGACAUGCGAGACACGCUCAAGGCGGACGUCACCAGCGCACUGCGAGAGAUCCGCGCACAGCUGGAUAGUCACGCAUCCAAGAGCGCGAACCACGCAGAGGAAUGGUUCAAAGUCCGCAUGGAGCGUCUGUCUGACGCCGCUAGGUCUAACCAGGAUGCCAUUCGUGGAACCCAGGAAGAGAUUUCAGAGUACCGCCGUCAGCUCCAGACCCGCACCAUUGAGCUGGAGACUCUCCGAGGAACCAAGGAGUCACUGGAGAGGCAGCGUAUGGAGAGCGAAGACAGACACCACGAUGACCUCAACUCACUACAGGAGACCAUCAAUCAGCUGGAUAAUGAACUGAAAACCACCAAAUGGGAAAUGGCCAGCCAGCUGAAAGACUACCAGGACCUGCUGAAUGUGAAGAUGGCUCUAGAUAUUGAGAUAGCAGCUUACAGGAAGUUACUGGAGGGAGAGGAGAAUCGCUUUGUGUCAGGAGGAGGUCCUUACUCCUACCUGGAAAGCAGAUUCUCUACCCACCUGAAAGUGAAAGGAGAGGAGAUCUCAGAUACAGUCAUUGUGGAGGAGCAGACAGAUGAGACCCAGGUGACAGAAGUGACAGAGGAGGCAGAUGAGGAGGAAAAGAAAGAGGAAGAGGAGGAAGCAGGAGAGGAAGAAGAGGAAGGUGAGAAGGAAGAGGAAGGUGAGGAAACCAAAGAAGAGGAAGGAGAAGGUGAGGUGGAAGAAGAUAAGGAGGAUGAAAAAGAGGGAGAGGAAGAGAAAGAGGAGGAAAAGGGAGAGGAGGAAAAGGAGGAGGAAGCUGAGGAGAAGGGAGAGGAAGAAGAGGCAGGUGAGGAAGAAGAGAAGUCCAAAUCUCCAGAAAAGGCUGCAUCCCCUCCUUCAAAAUCUCCUCUGCCUAAAUCUCCUACUGUCAAAUCACCAGAAUCUAAAUCUCCACAGAAAUCACCUGAACCUAAAUCACCAUCAAAGUCACCUGCAGUGAAAUCCCCUGCAGGAGAUGAGUCAAAGUCACCUGCACCAAAGUCACCUGUGACAAAAUCCCCUCCCAGCAAAUCCCCUGAAUCUAAAUCUCCUCCCAAGACCCCUGAACCAAAGUCUCCAGAGAAAGAGAAGGCCGAGCCCGUUGCAGCCAAAGAAACCCCUAAAGAGGAGAAGAAAGAGGAGAAGCCUCAGCCCGUCAAGGAGGAAAAGAAGGAGAAGGAACAGCCUGUGAAGGAGGAGAAGAAGGAGGAGCCCAAGGAGAAAGAACCUGAGAGCAAAGCAGAGAAGGCAGAUAAACCUGAUACAAAGAAAGACAGCAAAGCAGAUGAAGCACCAAAGAAGGAUGACGCUUCAAAACCUGCUGCUCCCAGCAAGCCUGCAGAGGACAAACCUGCCCCCAAGUCUGAGGCUAAAGAGAGCGCUCCCCCAGCUAAGGAGGAGAAGCCCUCUGCUCCUAAAUCAGAGAAGGCCGAGCCUGAGCCAAAGCCUGCCCCUAAAGCAGAGCCUGAGAAAACAGAGAGCAAGAAGGAGGAGAAGAAGCCAGAGGAGAAGCCCGCACCUAAAGCUGAGCCUGAAAAAGCAGAGAGCAAGACCGAGGUGAAGAAGCCAGAGGAGAAAAAGGAGGCCAGUAAAGAUGAGGUGAAGGAAGGAGGGAAAGCUGAGAAAAUAGAGAAAUCUUCUGGCACCGAGUCAAAGGAGAGCAAGGAGGAGAAGGCCAAGAAGUAAGCCUGAAAAGCUCUGUUCAAGGGCUAAAGAGGCAGAGAUGCCAAAGAACUGUGAGGGAGAGAAGGGAGAGCAGGGCAGAGAGGCUGGAACUACCCAGCAGCCCAGAUAUGCACCGUAGUGUCCAAAACAAAGCAGGUAAUGGUAUGUAAGCAAUAGUGAUUUCUGUAGCAAAUAACCCCCUGCUCCCUAAGUAUGGCCAUUACACACCCCUGACGCUUCUGAUGUACGACUGUAGUGAAUGCAGAAUGCUCUAAACUCUUUAUCUGAAUGUGACAACUGCCCUUAAUAAAUAACAAGUGCAUUUAAACUGAAUCCCGCUGACGGGGACCGCAGGGGCCUGCUGUACCUACACAAGCCUUCAAGGGUAGUGAUGUCAAAACAAUGUCAAGCUAAAGAUUGUGACAGAUAUUGAAUAUAAAAAUGUAUAUUUAAGGAGAUACAAAUGUCUAUAUUAUAUUUACAGAUACAUCAGUAUGAAAGACUUGAACUUUGCUUGUUGUGCACCUUAAUGCAGCUUCUCCUGACAGGUGAACUGCAGCGUCUCACUUCUGGUCUGCAAUGCUAGGACAAUGAUGACUGUGCUAUGUAUAAACUGCUGAGAAUAUGCAAUAUGAAACAGUAAAU